AUGACGAGAGAACUGAGGAGGCUGAACCCAGGAAUCUUUUCAGCUCUCCCGAAGGAGUUUCUCUCCAACAACAAGAACCCGUGUUGGUUCGAGAAGGUGCAUGGAACAGACGUGGGUUCACGGUGGCGGGAGAGACUCUCUGACAACGGGACCGGGCAUUUUCGGUUAACGUUGAGAUGUUUACCAUACUUUUACAUUAUCGGUAUGCCGAAGUGCGGAACCUCGGAUCUUUACUAUCGCAUCACCCAACACCCGGAUGUUGUUCGUGCCCGGCGUAAGGAACCCGAGUGGUGGACUAAGGGUCACCACCAACAUUUCGAAUUAAUUCAUCAUAGUUUUUCAUUCUUCAACAUUACUCCGUUGGAUAAUCACGGUUCUCUUCUAGGAGAAUAUCUGGAUUAUUUUGGUGAAGCGGCCUGGACCAUCCAGUUCCAGAAAGAAUUGACUUCAUCCGGACAAAAAGUCACUCAUGACGUCAUUACAGGAGAAGCCAGUACCUCCACAAUAUUUUACAACGACAACUGGAGAGAGGAACUUUGGGACACUCCAAACAACGAGCCGCCAAUCCUGAUAGCGGAUCUGAUCCGGGCUGUACAGCCAAACGCCAAGUUCAUCCUCACACUUAGGAACCCCACAGAAAGGAACCCCACAGAAAGUAAGUUCAUCCUCACACUUAGGAACCCAACAGAAAGGUUGUAUUCCGACUAUCUCUUCUGGAAGUUCUUAUAUGUAAAGAGGUCAAAUGAAGAUUUCCACGCGAGGGUUAUCCUAAGUCUCCGCAUCUUCAGGCAGUGCCUCAGGAACAAUUCUGUCCGCUCGUGCGCUUACGGAGUCAGUGAAACCGAAGAUCCAACAGCCGGAACAGUUCGACUGCGGCGGGGGUUGUACGAGGUGUUCCUGCGGGACUGGUUGUCUAUUUUCCCGCGGGACCAAAUUCUCGUUCAGCGUCUGGAGGAUCAUUCUAAGGACCCAAACACAACCAUGACAAGGGUUCUCAACUUCCUGGAUCUUGGACCUGUGAGAAAAAGGGCUGACAAAGACGCUAUCUUCGGAUUCCACACGAAAAAUUCCCAGAAAAAACAUUACGACAGCAGCGGCCAGAUGUUGCCAGAGACGCGGCGAAUUCUGAACGAGUUUUACCGACCAUAUAACGAGCGACUUGCGGAGCUCUUAAACAAUACGCACUUCCUUUGGCAGAAGAAUAGCUCUGUCUAAGACUCUUGUUUAUUUGUUUGGCCGACCAGUC